AUGGGUAAAGACAAAGAAGGACGGGAUCGAUCUGAAGCGCCUGACAACAAAGGGAAACAUCAUUUAGAGGAGGAACAUCGCGUCGAGAAGCCAGCGGGAAAAUCGCAACAAGAGAAGGGGAAAACGACUCCAUUGAAAGUACAUCACCCGAAGCAUAGCAACAAUAAACUGGAUGUCCCCUACACAACGCUGAUCCCAGGCGGGAUGAUGCCCGGCAGGUCGAUCACCAUCAAGGGAACUGUUAUCGACAACGCUAUGAAAAGAUUCCACGUCGAUCUUUGCUGCGGUUUGUUGAUUCACGGAGAUCACAUGGACAACAAGGCUCUUCAUAUAAAUCCGAGAUUUGAGAAGCCGGGAGCAUGGCCAUUCGGUGGUGCGGGUGACGAACAAAUCGUGCUCAACAGUCUCAUCAACAAUCAAUGGGGAAGCGAAGAGAGAUUUAUAAAUGCCUUCAAAAUCGAGGAACAGUUCACGAUUCGAAUCUUGGCAUUGGAAGAGUAUUUCAAGAUUGCCGUCAACGGGAAGCACCUUUGCGAUUACGAGUACCGGGUCAAGGUUGAUCAGAUUAAAGCAAUUCACCUUGACGGCUGUGUGCGCGUCGACUACAUCCAAUUCCAGCCAGCGAUUUUGGAUGGAAUCGCUCAACAAAUUGCUGGGUCACCGAUGGGGCCACAAGUGUUGAACACGCUCGAUCGACCGAGUGUUCCCUUCCAACUACCGAUCAACGGCUUCAAACCACCCGAAAUCUUCCAUAUAACUCUCACCCCAUUCUUAUCCGGCGAACGCUUCACUAUCAACUUCCAUAAAGGCGAGGAAUGGAUUUUCCAUUUUCGCGUCGAUCUGCCGAAUAAGGAGAAAAAGGAAAAGGGUUGUGUAAUUCGAAAUUCGACAAAGAGUCUCAAAUGGGGAACCGAGGAGCGAAGUCCAAACGAUUUCCCCUUCCACAAAGGGGUCACCUGUGAUCUCCGAUUCACCGCGUUUCAGCGCUCGAUCGCUGUUGACCUCAACGGAGCUCCCUAUAUUCAAUUCGCUUUUCGCAAUCAGAAUCAACCGACCGAUAUCAAUUUGCUGACGGUUAAAGGCGAUUGCGUGAUUCAUCGAAUCGUUCACAAAGGA